AUGGUAUCACAAUCGAACGCCGCAGGAUCUUCCGGUCGUCGCCGUCGACAAAACACACCGAAAGCAAAACUCGUCUCCCGAUCUAAGAAGACGAAGCGGUACCCAGUUUCCGACUCCGACGACGAUACAACGCCCUCCUCCAUGGAUUCCACGGCACCGACAUCUCCACCGGUGGAUGUCGUUGAUGUCGGCUCAUCCACAAAAUUCCCUAGAAGGCUGUUUGCUCCGGGAUUUUUCCCCACGCAAUUGCGGCUGAACAUUUACUCCAAAGCCAAUGUCAUUGCCUCUGUAGCGUCUGCUCUAAAAGGUUCUUCGACCGUGGACCGAUUACUCUGCUCUCAGUUUAGCAAACUCUUUCGGCUACCUGUUGCUCGAUGCCCGAACUCAACCAAGCUCAUUGGCAGCCUUCUCUGCCGGCAGCUUAUUACGAUUCGAAAAUAUGAACUUUGGUUCACUUUCGGUAAUCAUCCUCUUCGUUUCUCCGUAGAUGAAUUUAAGGAAAUAACUGGCUUGAACUGCGGCAUAUUCGAUGUUGAAGACUCAGAAACUGAGGUGCUUAAGAUGCUAGAGAACCCAUAUCUUGCGGAUUGGAAACGAGUUCCUUUGGCUCUGAUAGCGUUGGUGGACGGGGUUUUGUGUUGUACUAAUAAAACACUCAAGCUCACCCCUAAGUAUGUCAAAAUGCUCAGCAACCUGGAGUCUUUCAUGAAUUAUCCAUGGGGGAGGACCUCGUUUUUACACACCAUAUCUCGUUUUUUGCCUCCCCCGGUUAGUGUCAAAACCCCUAACCCACUGCACGCACUACGGAUCCGGUUAUCUCAAAAGACAACCGCAUGCUAUGGCUUUCCACUAGCUCUCCAGUUGCUCGCUUUUGAAGCGGUUCCUCAGCUGUUGGCCAGAAUUCCCAAUGCGGAUAACACAAACGAUUUUUUGGAUAACCCUUCGUGUUGUGGAAACACCGUGGUUAUCCUCAACACAAACGACAUUGUCGCUGUCGAAGGAGAGCCAGAUGUUAUUGUAGAUUUCAGCCUCGUCCCCGAAGCUGAGCGACACUUCUUGUUGGACGAGGUUGAGGACCCGAAAGUAACUCGUUUAGUCGACCACAUCCGUUCUGGCCAUACAUUUAGAACUGAAGAUUUCGAAGGUGGAGACAGGUCAUUUGGUAAAGACAAUGCAAUUCCGGAAGGCAAACCUCAAGGUGUACCCCUUAUACAGCGUUCUCUACGACCACGUAAACGUGCUGCUGUUGUUAUUGAAGACCUAACGACACCCGAACACAACGAACCCGACGUUCCGCCUGAAUCAGGAAGGUCUCCAAACGAAGAUUUGAAAUCGUGGAUUCUAGAGCAGUUUCAAAACUUUAAGAAUGGGAUAUACGAGCGCUUAGACUAG